CUACGCUUUCGCCGUAGUAGGAUUUGUAAAUUCGCCGCGUCUCACUGUCAUGCGCAACGGUGGCACUGCCAUGUUGGAUCGAAAGCUCGGUGCACAGGAGUUCAGAUGAAAGUUUAGAGUCUCAAGACGACAUUGGAUAACCAAACGAGGAUCGCGUUUUAUUUCUGGGACACAAGACCUCUCUCAACCCACCACCGACCGAAACACACAGGUCUGAUUAUGAGAGUCUCCGGAUCCGAGCUGCGGUGAUCAGAGAUCAAUGAACACAUAUUUUCUGUUUAACACUUCCUGAUCACAAGUUCACACCAUCGGAUUGUCUAAAAUGAGCGGUCCACCUUCAAACAGCAGGCCUGCGAGCAAUGCUGGCUCCAUUCUUCUCACCCAGCAAGAAAACGAAUUGCUCUUAAACCAUCUGGGCAAGAAAUGCACCAGUUUGUGUUCAGCAGUGGUGCAGGUCUAUGGAGCAGACAGAAACUCGUCCUGGGUGAAGAAGUGCUGUGGGGUGGCCUGUCUGGUGAAAGACAACUCUCAGAGAUCUUACUUUAUCAGGGUGCUUGAUAUGAAAGACGGAAGACAAUUGUUUGAUCAAGAGCUCUACAGCAACUUUUCAGUAAACUGCUCCAGGCCAUACUUUAUCACAUUUGCUGGAGAUACGUGCCAGAUUGGUCUCAAUUUUGCCAGUGAGGAGGAAGCCAGGCGAUUCAAGUCUGCUGCCAAUGAACUUCAGAAUAGAAAAGGGAGGAAAACCGAAAAAAGACGUGACCCACCUAAUGGACCAUCAGGACCUUCAGGACCAACACUUCUAAUGGCAACGGUGGACAUAAAGAACCCUGAAAUCAACAACCAGCGUUAUCAAAAUAACACUCAAAUGAACAACUUUAACCUCCACAGCAACUUCAACAGAAAAGACAAAGGCAAAGGCAAAAACAAGAAGAAGAAAUUAUCCAAAUCUGAAAUCGGCACCCCAAGCAAUUUCCGGCACGUAGGGCAUGUCGGCUGGGAUCCCAACACAGGCUUUGAUCUGAAUAAUUUGGACCCAGAGCUAAAGAACCUGUUUGACAUGUGUGGCAUUUCUGAGGCCCAGCUCAAAGACAAAGAGACGUCUAAAGACAUCUACGAAUUCAUUGAGAAGAGAGGAGGAGUAGAGGCUGUCAAAAAUGAACUACGACGACAAGGACCCCCGAGUGUUUCUAUUUUAAAUAAUCACAACUCCGCUCCUCCUCCCCCACCUCCUUCCAGAGGCCGAGGAGCGCCGCCUCCACCGCCGCCAUCAAGAGUGCCCACCUCCGCUCCUCCUCCACCUCCUCCAUCCCGACCAGGUAUAGGCGCACCUCCACCUCCUCCCCCCAGCAGAGGGACCGGGUCGGCUCCCCCGCCACCUCCUCCACCCCAGCCUGCCUCCCUGUCUCCGCCGGCCCCUCCUCCUCCCCCUUCAAUGGGCGGAGCACCACCGCCGCCGCCUCCUCCGGGACCCCCUCCUCCCGCACCUCCUCCGCUACCGGACGGGGAUUUAGGGGAGGCGCCGGGGGGUAAAUCUGCACUCCUGAACCAAAUUCGAGAAGGGGCGCAGCUGAAGAAAGUGGACCAAAACAACAAACCGCCUGUGUCCGGUGGCGGUGGCGGUGGCCGUGGCGCACUAUUAGACCAAAUACGACAGGGCAUUCAGCUUAAAAACGUACCGGACACUACAGACUCGGCUCCGCCCACUUCUGCCCCCUCAUCUGGGAUCGUGGGGGCGCUGAUGGAGGUGAUGCAGAAGAGGAGCAAAGCGAUCCAUUCUUCAGAUGAAGAUGAUGAUGAUGAUGACGCAGAAGAUUUUGAGGAUGAAGAUGAGUGGGAUGACUGAUGACCAGGGCUGCCCAAAAGAAUUAAGGCACUACAUUGCUCUAGAUAUGCUAAAUCUUAUAAAAUUGUAAUGUAAAUGGAUGACCGAUUUGUGUACAUUUUUGUUGCCUUCAUGCUUUUUUUGUAUUAAUCUGUGCAAUACCUCAUUUAAUCUGUAAAGGUUUGUCAUGCAUCUCAUGUAAAGGUUUUAUUUCCCUCUCCUGGAUUCACGUGCAAUUUUACAUCAAGUUGUCUUGAAUUGUAGAGUUGAAUGUUUUGGGGUCUUUUGUUUAGUUUUUUUCUUUGUCAUUCUUUAAAUGAACAUCGACUCUAAAGAACAAGAUGAGCGAGUCUUAAAAUGUUGAUAUGGUGACUCAAAGCAAGAACACUAUUUUCAUACUUUUCUCUUACCUUUUCUUAUUCAGAACAUAGUUUAGCGCUGUUAUUUUCUUAAAAACCAUAUUUAGCCCCAUUGCUAAUUUGUAAAUUUGCUCCGAGUUUGAGUCGCUUUCUAUUUUUGCACGAAUCAAAAAGAAAAAAGUGGGGAAACGGCGCAAUACGGCGGUUAUGUUUACACAUUGUGUGCUAUAGCUACUGUCAGGACUCUCCUUAACAUUAGAUGUGAGAAACACUACAGUUAUUAGAAAUAACCUAUUUGCAUAUGCUAGUUUGCAUUUUACUGGCAUUACAACAAAUUUCAUGGGCACUUGUUUUUUUGUUGUUGUUUUUUUCCCCCUGUUGGUCAUACUUCAAAAUUUAAUGUUCAUGUGUGCCAUUGAAAAAAAAAAUCCUGAAAUGGACGUUUCGUACAUUCUCAAUGUUUUACUAAUAAAGCACUGUGAUGCUAUACUAAUUCAAAAAGAGCGGCUCUGGCUCGCCUGAUGAUCCGCAGUGGGUCGGAUCAUAUACUUUCACUGUUUUUAACAGUGUUAUAGAGCAAUUCAAAUAUGUUUUCCAGUUUUUAUCCUUUGUUCAACCAGGGUUGCUUUGCAUUGAGACUUGAAACCUUUGAAAUGAGGUUGAAAAAGAAUUAUUCAAAUUGUACACUCAAAUAAAUGUUAAUAUUUACAGAA